AGGACUGGAUUAAGAUCGGGAGCAAGGCGACAUUUGCGCCUAUCCUGAAUAAAAUCACCCACAUCCGCCAAGAUAUUCUGCUGGGUAACCCAUGCAAUCCCAGUAUCGCGGAGAAGAUGUCAUGGGCUGCAAGACGAAAGACACAGAAAAUAGAAGACAGAGCUUAUUCAUCUGAUGGGGUUAUUUGGCAUUCACAUGCCUAUCAUUUACGGAGAAGGAGAGAAGGCUUUCAGGCGCCUGCAGCUCGAGAUCAUGAAAUCAUCGGAUGAUCAAACCAUUUUCGCCUGGCACGAUUCACUGAAACAUCCCAAUUCUGUCAGAGAUCGCGGAUUGUUGGCAUCUGCGCCUGACGUUUUCUCGUGGGAUUCUCCGGUUGUCGCCAUGGAUCAUUCCCAUUUUAUCAACAGUCUUCUUCGCAUUGUGGGGAAUCGCAGCCUACUUCGUGACCUGCCGCGUGGUUAUUCCAUCUUGAAUGACGGCAUUCAUAUCACCCUUCCUAUGAAGCGAGACGUUGGAGAUACGUGGCUUGCCGUCCUGAAAUGCGAAGGGGAAAAACAGGAGUUUCCCUACGGGAUCUACUUGAAAGAAAGAUCUGAUUGCGAUGGUUACCUUCGGACUUCGCCCACAAAGCUUCGGAAACUCGACCCCGCAGAUCUCGAAGGCCUUGCUCCGCGUAAAAUACGUAUUGUGGUCGACCACCAUAUACUACCAACCAUUAAUCGUCGACAAUUCUUCACUUUUCAGUCUACAGAUCCCGUUUGGGAGCACUGCGGUUACUAUGUAUGCCCUAAGCCAGGAGGCCGCCAUGAUGUGGGUCAGGGGAGUGGCUACCAAGUUCUUGAUACCGACACUCGGAUUGAGCUUUCAGAUAGCGUGCAGUGCAGCUGCGUUUACUCGCGAAGCCCACAUGGCCAAGUAACGGUCCUUCUCAUUGGAAUCGAACAACACCGUCCUUGGAUACACCUCCUGACAAAUGACGACCUAUACCGGUAUGUCGACACUUCACUACUUUACCGUCGAACUGUCUACGGCGCCCCUCUUGUGUCUUCCCCUACUUCCACCCUAUCCAGUAGCCAAGCCGAUCGACUAUCUCUUGCGCUACCUUCCCCUACUUCUCCCCAAUCUAAUCCUAUUCUUCCUUUUGCGCUGUCUCCUCCUCGUUCACCGUCUUCUUCUCGUUCGUUGUCUCUCUCCCAUACUUCUACGGGAACCAACAACCACAGAUUCCCACAGAGGAAUUCCACCGCCCCCUAUUCUCAGCUGCACAUCGGAGGUGGCACUGGGUGUCCUGUGUGUUCUAUCAUUCAAAAAUACUCCCUCGACAUGAAUGUCAUCAAGAAUAGCAGGGUUGAUUUCGUGUUUGAGACGAUGCCAGACAAGCAGAUUGAGGUCGACAUCCGAAAGGGACAGGUUCGGGUCUCUGAGGCGACGCUUGAAGUUGACUAUGUCAUAACAGUAGCUGUAUCUAUGCCCGAAGCAUAAUUUUGAUUUAGUGGAUGUGGCCUAAUUUUACCUGGAGUACAAGUACAUAGAGUAUACGCCGGGUACCAGUACAAAUUCCAGUACUUAACAAGAUUUGUACGGUAUUGACAUAGCCCAUGUGCAUCGAUUAUAAAGGAUUGCGUUAUCUUAAACAGCAAGAGUGAUUCCUGUGGGGAAGUGUCAUUGGUCGUGCCUAAAACAGAUCACAGCCUUGACCAAGGACUGACCACAGCACUCUUGAUAUUAUCUUCAACGUCGAAGACUUGCCAGUGUGCAGGUCCUGAAGAAGUGUUACACUGACCCCACUAGUUCGGCUCAUGAGUCGUGGCGCCCAGGUACUUUUGGUUGGAGGUCUUCGGCGAGGCUGAAGUUCCGUGCAUCUACCUUAUCUCAAACCUGUGUGGGUGUCCAUUAUGAUGGUCACUCAGGGUCCUCUGAGUCAUACAAGAAAUACUUAAAAACUAGAGGGCUAACCAUUUCCC